ACAACAGUUUUAUUUUAAUAAAACAUCAUGUCCGAUAGUGAAAGUAGUGAGGAGGAGGUGGUGGAAGAAAUCCUCGCUCCGCCGGAGGAGAUAAGUUCAGGAGAAGAUCCACCUAUGAGCGAGUGGUCCUCCCUCAUCAUAGAGCUCCCGGAAGAAAACAAGAAGAGGGCACUCAUGGCGGACGGACUAUACUCGCCGGGGAGCGGCGAACUGUGCACCAAAUACGUAGCCAUGUCAGACAGCGACAUCGCUAUACAUCCAUAUUACAACUAUCCAGCUGUCCUAGACCCUGGCAUAAUGGAUGCUCUAACGAUUCCCGAAAAACCUGUCAUAUAUGGAGACGACGGUCAAGACCUGUACUUGGCGCUGUGCAAAGAUAUGAACACUUGUCCAGUGGGAAUGUUUCACAGAAGUUUGCUUACAAACGAGAUUAACCUGAGCUUUUAUGGAGUCAAUCCUAAUGGAGUACGUCCAAUGGCGAUGGCAUUACAAUAUAAUAAAACAGUUCGUCGCUUCGAUCUCACUGACAACUUUCUCAACGAUGACUCAUGCUUCCAUCUGGCGCAAAUGCUAACAGUUAAUAGUACUAUUAAAGAAUUGAUACUGUCAGGAUGCCGGAUCGGAGCUUCAGGGAUACUGCGUUUAGGAAGCACGUUGUCAGUCAAUAGAAGCCUAGUGACGCUGAAUUUAGCAGGGAACUGUUUGGGCGAGGAUGGUGGAGUUUAUUUUGCGAAACAAAUUGGAGAUGGUGCUGGAGUUCCUCGCGUGUCAUUGAGUAAAAAUGAACUUGGCAGAAUGACUGCGUUUGCACUCGCAGAGGCGUUGGAAUAUCGAAAUAAACUGACACAUCUAGAUUUGUCUUGGAACAAUUUCUUUCACGCUCCGUCGGUGGUAAAAAUGCUCGAUCAACUGUCAUAUAGCAAAGUAUUACAAGAAUUGAAUUUAGCGUGGAAUUCCAUGGAAGGGGAGCGUGUUGCUGGUAUGCUGAAAGAAAUUUUUCUCAUCCCCGCUCUAAAAGUGCUAAACAUAAGCCACAACCGAUUUCAAGGUGAAGCAUUAGCGUUGCUUUUAGGAAACCUAAUAAAAGCGAAGAAAUUGGUAACCCUCGACAUGUCCUUCAACCCUUUCAGCACCGACGACGCUUAUCAUGCGUUAGAGAAGAUGCUAAAACCUCGUGUAAAGUUAGAUAAUUUGUAUCUCGAUGGCAUCACUGUCGAAAAAAAGUUUCUAACACUACUCGAGAGAGUUUUGAAGAUGAAGUCACGUAAAAACUUUACUAUAAAACAUGGCAGAGUCCUCCACAACUGGACCGUCCAGGGCCCAGACCCGAGGAAGUUAAUAAUGGAGAGAAUGGAUUACCUCGGGAAGAGAGACAGGAAGCGCCGUAUGGAUGUAGCCUUAUUCUUUUUGAGGAUAGCGAAGGAAUAUCCCAAACCGAUUCCAAUUAAAGCGCUGAUAGACGUGAAAGACUACGAAAAUGUGCCGUUGGAUGAUGAUUUGAUAAAUGAGUUGGGGGCAAUCUUCCCGGGUCCUAAAACAGCAAAGUACAAGACUAUAAACAUACAGACGGUCUGUGAGUACAUAAACCGAAUAUGGCCGGACAGGAAGCUGCCCCCGACUCCGCCACCGGAGCCCGAGCCAGAACCAGAGCCUCCACCACCACCGCCUCUACCAAAAGGAAAAGGAAAGGGGAAGAAAUGAUGUUUACGUUUUAAUACAUUAAUUUAUUUCUUAGACAUAUUUUUCGUAUUUUGUAUCGAUAUA